UUAAAAUAAUUGAAGUGUUCUUAAGCACUUGUUUACUGUCGUUUUAAACGAGUUUUAAACUAAAAUUAACAAAAUUUAAGGAUUGUUUAAGGUAAUAUAAUCUUGCCAGAUAUUCCUUAUCAUAAUGCCUGUUCCAAGCAAUGCAUUUCAACAAGGAUCUCAGCCUAGCUGCUUCGAUAAAAUGAAAUAUGGUUUUACAAUUGGAUUUUGUGUUGGAAUGGCCAGUGGUGCAUUAUUUGGUGGAUUUUCAGCAUUAAGAUAUGGGCUUAGAGGACGUGAUUUAGUGAAUAAUGUAGGCAAAGUAAUGAUACAAGGUGGUGGAACUUUCGGAACAUUUAUGGCAAUUGGAACUGGAUUAAGGUGUUGAAGAACAACCACAAGAAUCGUAU